UUUGUGAAUUUACGUCUAUUUAUUAAAAUGAUUAUAUUUAUUAUUCAACUUUUUGAAUAUCUGAUUUUGACCUUAAUCUUUACCUUUAAUUUUCUUUAUUUACAUUUUCUGCCACAAUCUUGCCUUUUACGGGUUCUAUUUAAGAUUUCGUUAUUUUAGAUUUACAUUCUUCUUCUUCUAAAUUUUUUAAUUUUUUAUUUUUAAUAUAGGAUUUGCAAUCUAAAUAAUGGCAAAUUAUACACGCUAUAAAUAUAUAUACAGUAACAACAAUAUAUACUUUAAACAUCAACUUAUUAGUAGCAGCAUGUGUUUUAAUUACUUUAUUCUCACAUUUACCAUCUUUAUUCAAAACAAGUCCGUUUUCACACUCCAAGCAUUUAAUAUUGCCUGUUUCCGUGCAUCUUUUGCAUGAGGAAUGGCAAUGAUCGCAUGUAUUAGUCUCUAGAUUUUUAAAUUUAUUUUAAGGACAUUCAGUUUUGCACUCAUUUUCGUCUAAGUAAGUAUUCUAUUAGCAAUAAAUUUCAUUACUACAAAAUCCAUUAAAUAAAUAGAGUCCCUAAAAGCAUUCUGUACAUUAAUUAAAUUGUUUACAAUUUAAACAAUUAGAAUCACAUGGUUAACAAUUUCCUUAAGAAUCGGGAAAAAAAGAUUAAUCACAUUCUAGUUUACAUUAUUAAUUUUAAGUUAAAAAAUAAUUCUAUUUACAAGAUACACAUUUGCCCUUUUCUAUACAUGCCUUACAAUUUAAGUCACAUAAUUCGCAUUUUUAUGUACUUCUUUUCAAAUAUGAUCCUUCUUCACAAGUAUCACAUGUAUUAGAAUUCAAGCAAUUAAGACACAUAAGAUCACAUUACUAACACUUUUUAUUUUAAUCCUCAAAUUAUUUAUUGUCGCAAUUAUCGGCACAUUUUUUAGUUUAUAAAAGAACUUAAUUAUUAUUACAGGUAAUACAUUAAUUAUUUACUAUUCCAUUUUCACAUGUUUGACAAUUAUCAUCACAUUUUUCACAUAAAUUACUCCUUGUGUUUAUAUAAUACCCCGCAUUACAUGUAUUACACGAAAUAGCAUUUUAACAUGUAAGACAAGAUGCAUUACAUUAUUAGCAUUUUCUUAGUGCAUCUGCAUAUUAAUUUUAUUAACAAGAAAUAACGCAUUUUUUGUCUUAAGUGAGAAAAUUAUUAAGUUAACAUUCCGUACAUUAAUCAUUAGUGGGUCCAUUUUCGCACGCUACACAGUUCGCGUUACAUUGUUCACAUCUAUUAGUAUUAGUAUUAGUAUUUAAAUAUUAGCCCUUAUUACAGGAUGUACAAGUAUUAGCAUUAUUAUCGCAAGUUCUACAGUUAGCGGAGCAAGGCGAGCAAAAUUAAGUUAAAGGAUUUAAAUAAUUACCAUCAGCACAUGUAGAACAUGAAGUAUUAUUAAUACAUGAUAAGCAUGAUGCAUUACACGGUUAGCAUUUUCUCGCAUUAUCCGGAUAUUAUUUGGGUAAACAGAUAUCUUUGCAAGUUUAGUUA